AGCCAGCAGUCCGUCCACAUCAACGUCGAAAGGCUUCGGUCAGAAACUGUCUGCGGGAAGUACGUUGCAGUCAGACUUAUCACGGUCAUCGACACCCGGAACAUGAAGAGCUUCACGCUGUGCCUAUUUGUCGGCUUAUUGCUGAUAGUUGCCUGGAGCAGUAUAUCUUCGGGGGCACCUGUCCACAAGGGACCACCUCAAGAAAGGUUGAAUCAUGGCGAUUCCAACCAAGUGGAGUCCCUGCGCACAUUAGAAAUCCAGACCGAACCGAAAGAAGAUACUGGCGGGAUUGACACAAGUACUCCGGAGGGAAAAGAAAGUGAACAGGCAUCACCAAUUCGGUCCAGGAAUGAAGAGUCAAGCGAGGAGGCUGAAAGUGAGGAAAGCGAUUCCGAAGAGGCAUCAAACGAAGAUAACCAAGAAAGCGAGUCUGAGGAAGAGAGUGAAGAAAGUGAGUCCGAGGAAGAGAGUGAAGCAAGUGAGUCUGAAGAAGAGAGUGAAGAAAGUGAGUCUGAAGAAGAUAGUGAAGAAAGUGAGUCUGAGGAAGAGAGUGAAGAAAGUGAGUCCGAGGAAGAAAGUGAGUCUCAGGAAGAGAGUGAAGAAAGUGAGUCUAAGGAAGAGAGUGAAGAGAGUGAGUCCGAGGAAGAUAGCGAAGAAAGUCAAUCUGAGGAAGAGAGUGAAGAAAGUGAGUCUGAGGAAGAGAGUGAAGAAAGUGAAUCUGAAGAAGAGAGCGAGUCCGAGGAAGAGAGUGAAGAAAGUGAGUCAGAGGAAGAGAGUGAAGAAAGUGAGUCCGAGGAAGAGAGUGAAGAAAGUGAGUCCGAGGAAGAAAGUGAAGAGAGUGAGGAAAAGAGUGAAGAGAGCGAGUCUGAGGAAGAGAGUGAAGAGAGCGAGUCUGAGGAAGAGAGUGAGUCCGAGGAAGAGAGUGAAGAAAGUGAAGAGAGUGAGUCUGAGGAAGAGAGUGAGUCCGAGGAAGAGAGUGAAGAGAGUGAAGAAAGUGAGUCCGAGGAAGAGAGUGAGUCCGAGGAAGAGAGUGAAGAAAGUGAGUCUGAGGAAGAGAGCGAAGAGAGUGAGUCUGAGGAAGAGAGUGAGUCCGAGGAAGAGAGUGAAGAAAGUGAAGAGAGUGAGUCCGAGGAAGAGAGUGAAGAAAGUGAGUCUGAGGAAGAGAGUGAAGAGAGCGAGUCUGAGGAAGAGAGUGAAGAGAGCGAGUCUGAGGAAGAGAGUGAGUCCGAGGAAGAGAGUGAAGAAAGUGAAGAGAGUGAGUCUGAGGAAGAGAGUGAGUCCGAGGAAGAGAGUGAAGAGAGUGAAGAAAGUGAGUCCGAGGAAGAGAGUGAGUCCGAGGAAGAGAGUGAAGAAAGUGAGUCUGAGGAAGAGAGCGAAGAGAGUGAGUCUGAGGAAGAGAGUGAGUCCGAGGAAGAGAGUGAAGAAAGUGAAGAGAGUGAGUCCGAGGAAGAGAGUGAAGAAAGUGAGUCUGAGGAAGAGAGUGAAGAGAGCGAGUCUGAGGAAGAGAGUGAAGAGAGCGAGUCUGAGGAAGAGAGUGAGUCCGAGGAAGAGAGUGAAGAAAGUGAAGAGAGUGAGUCUGAGGAAGAGAGUGAGUCCGAGGAAGAGAGUGAAGAGAGUGAAGAAAGUGAGUCCGAGGAAGAGAGUGAGUCCGAGGAAGAGAGUGAAGAAAGUGAGUCUGAGGAAGAGAGCGAAGAGAGUGAGUCUGAGGAAGAGAGUGAGUCCGAGGAAGAGAGUGAAGAAAGUGAAGAGAGUGAGUCCGAGGAAGAGAGUGAAGAAAGUGAGUCUGAGGAAGAGAGUGAAGAAAGUGAGUCCGAGGAAGAGAGUGAGUCCGAGGAAGAGAGUGAAGAAAGUGAGUCUGAGGAAGAGAGCGAAGAGAGUGAGUCUUCCGAGGAAGAGAGUGAAGAAAGUGAGUCUGAGGAAGAGAGCGAAGAGAGUGAGUCUGAGGAAGAGAGUGAGUCCGAGGAAGAGAGUGAAGAAAGUGAAGAGAGUGAGUCCGAGGAAGAGAGUGAAGAAAGUGAGUCUGAGGAAGAGAGCGAAGAGAGUGAGUCUGAGGAAGAGAGUGAGUCCGAGGAAGAGAGUGAAGAAAGUGAAGAGAGUGAGUCCGAGGAAGAGAGUGAAGAAAGUGAGUCUGAGGAAGAGAGCGAAGAGAGUGAGUCUGAGGAAGAGAGUGAGUCCGAGGAAGAGAGUGAAGAAAGUGAGUCUGAGGAAGAGAGCGAAGAGAGUGAGUCUGAGGAAGAGAGUGAGUCCGAGGAAGAGAGUGAAGAAAGUGAAGAGAGUGAGUCCGAGGAAGAGAGUGAAGAAAGUGAGUCUGAGGAAGAGAGUGAAGAAAGUGAGUCCGAGGAAGAGAGUGAGUCCGAGGAAGAGAGUGAAGAAAGUGAGUCUGAGGAAGAGAGCGAAGAGAGUGAGUCUGAGGAAGAGAGUGAGUCCGAGGAAGAGAGUGAAGAAAGUGAAGAGAGUGAGUCCGAGGAAGAGAGUGAAGAAAGAGGUAUGAUAACAUUCGACAACCCAUUUGGAGCAAUAAGGUUUGAGAAAGAUUUUUUGGCCAGAGUUCGAAAUCAUAUCAAUGUUGAAGUCACCAGCCGUAAUUAA